UAAGUUGUUUUCUCUCCAGAGUUCAUUCAGAGUAUUGUUAAUCAGUUAUGUCCCUGCAGGUCUCUGCCUUUGGCCUUGCUGAUGCUAUCAGUAUCGAGCCUUUGAUAUCGGGUAUAGAAACACAACUGAAAAAAUAUACUUUGUAUAGGUGUGAUGUGACAAAUACUGAACGCUUGCUCGUGUGUAUGAGUAACUAACCUUUGUUAAAAAAAAAAAAAUGUUAUUUGUGAAAAUACAAUCGAGUUAUUGCGGAGAAGUCAACAGGGCACUCUUCAAAAUGGAGAGCAGCCUGAAGCAUAAGGGCAAGAGCGGGAAGGAGAGACCUUAGAGUGCUUAGAACAGCAUAUCUGUCUGAUUGCUAUCUAUCAGAUUCUUGCUGAUACCUAGCAGGAGGGCGGCUGGGUACUGAACCGAAUGGACAAGCACUGCUUGAACCCCUAAUAUCAGAAAGUCAGAGGUGGGAUGAAGAUCAGACGUGUGCACUCUUAAAUAAAAAGGGGAUCUAAGCCACUUUGGUAAGUUCCCCAAGAAUUCCCUUAGCGGUGAAAGCUGGCAUCUACUCUCCUUUUCAGGCAGCCCAUGGCUGCUAGUCACACCACGUAGUGAAGCAGACUGUAUCUUUUGAUUAGGGCUUUAUAUCGAAAUGAACUGAGAGUCCUCUGCAUAGACAGAGAGCUGCUGAUGUAACAGAAGGGUUCUGAGCUUCUACGCUGUCAGCCCAGCGUGCUGAGGAGGAAGAGGGCAAAAAAAGGAAGAAGCAGCAGGCUGCUUGAGCGAGUGGCUCAGUUUGUGUACAGGACAAGAUGUGAUUGUUUAUGCACUCAGGAUGUGCUGCCACAACAUUAACGCAAAUGAAAAGAUCUUAUGCGUGAUGGAGCUAUUGUUCUGUUGUUUAUAAAUGGAAGUUUUGCGGCAGUUAAAACAAACAAAAUAGCCGUGUGUUGGGUCUUUUGCACAUGAGGGUCACUGCCUGGAUUUGAGGUGGAAAGACAUGACAUGAAUACUCUCAGUUUGCCGCUUAACAUUCGCCGUGGAGGCUCUGACACCAAUCUGAACUUUGAUGUACCAGAUGGAGUCCUAGAGUUUCACAAAGUCAAACUCAGCGCAGAUAGCUUGAAACAGAAAAUCCUCAAGGUUACAGAACAAAUCAAAGUCGAACAAACAGCUCGAGAUGGAAAUGUGGCUGAGUACUUGAAACUGGUAAACAGUGCAGACAAGCAACAGGCUGGACGCAUUAAACAAGUCUUUGAGAAAAAGAACCAGAAAUCUGCCCACUCCAUUGCCCAGCUGCAGAAGAAGUUAGAGCAAUACCACAAAAAGCUCAAGGAUAUUGAACAAAAUGGAUCUUCCAAAAGUACUAAGGAUACUUCCAAAGAUAAUUUGAAAGAUAUUCAGCAUGGAAAGCCUCGUACCUCUGGGCAUGGAACAGAGAGCAACAAGUCGAGCGUGCCAGGCGUAUCCUUGACACCACCUGUCUUUGUUUUCAGCAAGUCGAGAGAGUUUGCAAAUCUGAUCCGAAACAAAUUUGGUAGCGCAGACAACAUCGCUCAUCUCAAAAACACCUUGGAUGAAUUUCGGCCAGAAACAAGCUCUAGAACCUAUGGGGGCAGUGCCACCAUUGUUGCCAAACCAAAAUACGUUAGUGAUGAUGAAUGCUCAAGUGGGACCUCUGGCUCGGCGGACAGUAAUGGGAACGCUUCAUUUGGUCCUGCUGCAGCAGGUACCUUGGACAGCCAAGGAAAGCUGUCCAUGAUUUUGGAGGAACUAAGGGAAAUCAAGGAGACACAGUCCCAAUUAGCUGAUGACAUAGAGAAUUUAAAAACACAGUUUAAGAGAGACUAUGGCUUUAUUUCUCAAAUGUUACAGGAGGAAAGAUAUAGAUAUGAAAGAUUGGAAGACCAAUUAAAUGAUCUCACUGAUCUUCAUCAACAUGAGACAGCAAACUUGAAACAAGAGCUAGCCAGCAUAGAGGAGAAAGUGGCAUAUCAGGCGUAUGAGCGAUCACGAGAUGUUCAGGAAGCCUUGGAAUCGUGCCAGACCCGGGUUUCAAAGCUGGAGCUCCAUCAGCAGGAACAGCAAGCACAGCAAACUGAAACAGUUAAUGCCAAAGUGCUCCUGGGGAAAUGUAUAAAUGUUAUCUUGGCCUUCAUGACUGUCAUCUUAGUGUGUGUUUCUACUAUUGCAAAGUUCAUUGCCCCUAUGAUGAAGAGCCGUUUUCAUAUCAUCUGCACUUUCUUCGCAGUGACACUGCUGGCAAUAUUUUGUAAAAACUGGGAUCAUAUCAUUUGUGCCAUCGAAAGGAUGAUUAUACCAAGAUGAAGCUGCUGGUCUAGCUGUUGUGUUUUCUUUUCUCUUCCUCUCUGUUUUUAAGUGCUGUGUGUUUACAAUUUUUUUGUCAGUUUAAAUGUGUAGACUGAAUGAAGAAGCCUGCAAAGACUCCUGGACUGUAAGGUGUAAAUAUGUAAAUGCGUACUUGUUGGCAGUCAGUAGGCUGUUCAGUCAGAUUGUAUUGAACUGGCCAUGUCUGUGAUGAGCCUCUAUCUUGUGUCAGUCUUCUGCCUUAAUCCAACCAGCUGUCCGCUCUACAAACCCAUGACCACAGAAGAUGGUGGGAUGCUCUGGGAGGGAUCCAAGCCACUGCAAGUGUGAGGUUUUCUUUUUGCUGGACUGGAAUGCAAGGAGUGUGAUCACAAGGGAGCGCAUCGCAGUGUGUGUCAGCCCUUUUAGACAAAUCAUUUUCUCUCUGAAUUCCACUACUAUGAUAAGCCAAAUUGUACAGUUACAUGUAUUAGAAGUUCUGGUUUCUAAAUUAAUGGGUAACUGUAUAUGGGGUUUCCAGUUUUCAAGACCAGCAAAACUUGUGAUGCUUCUGCUAGUAACCCUUUGCACAGUUUGCUGUUCAGAAAUUAGACCGCUGAUGACUAGUGACCACAGUUAGCAGUUGUUCUGUUGUCCUUUAUCACACUCAAAAAAACCAAGAACAUGGCAUAAAGCUUCCAAAGAUGAAGAACUGAAUUAAAUAAGAUCUCCAGGCCACUUCAUAAAGGAGUGAGGGAGGUAGUAACUCAUGGGUAUGUUGCCAUGCAGAGCCAAGUGCUCACUUGCUUCAGGCACUGCACCCCACAAGGGGAAAGAGGUGCACAGAAAGGCAACAUUUAGAUUAGCCUUUGCUAGCACUGAAUUGUUGGGGUUUCCUAACUGAAUGCAGAGCAGAUAUAUACUGGGACUCUGGGUACAGUGGAUUUUUUUUUUCCCUUAUGUCAGAUUAAACAAUGCAGAAGAAGCAUGAGGGAACAGAUCCUUAGGGGAGCAGGGAGUUAAACUUCUGUAAAUAGACAAACACUGUGCAGACUCUCUUAAUAGACAUUCCUGAAUAUAAUGUAUCAUCAUUACAGUAUCACUACUAGGAGACAGGGUUGGGUUUGUUUUCUUACUAGAAAUUAUUUUGUUUAGGAACUGCAGGAAGAAAAACCCCAAAAUCUUCUGCUUGGCUCUCAGCCAUGAUGUGAAACAAGAUCUUUAAUAAAAAAAAAAAAAUUAGAAAAAAAAAAUCAGAAUUUUCCUUUGCUCUGUAUUAAAUGGGAAAAAAGAAGUGUCUCUAGUUAUUUGAUGUUCAGUGUUACUUACUUUUAAGGUAACUGUCAUAAUUUUUUUUUAGUUGUGAUAUUUGUUAUGCUGGCUUUACAGAAGGGGUAGAAAGGGAACUACUGGGUGGGUGUGCGUGUGCGGUUUUGGUAUUUUAUUUUUACUCAAUCAUAAUAACUGGUGUAGAAAUUCAGAAAUCUUUAUUCUGAGGAAGAGGAAUAGGAAGGCAGUGGAAGAGCUCUGACAUUUUAUGACUGCUGAAUUAUCAGUGAAUAUAGUUACCUUUUGUGGCUUCAGGGACUGAAGAAAGGACAGAAUUAACUGCAUAAGUAAUGAUAUGACUUGGCAUUUAAAAAAAAUAAAUUAAAGCACUGUAAAGGUCAUUAAAGAAUUCUUUGUAUGUGCAACAGCUCUGAACACAGAUACCAGGAAGCAUGGUGCCUGGUCUGCAGGCAGUGGUAGUGGAUCAGAUCAGGCACACCUGUGUUCAUAACCCGGCCCUGCCCAAUCUUCUGAGGAAGGUGGAGUGAAAAGCAGAAGUCCUGCUGCAAGUGGCAUCACAUCACAAAGCCCAAACGUACCAAUGGCCUAUGCUGUGGCUGUGGCAGGAAGAAUUAUUAGAUAGAUACAUUCUUCCUUAGUUUUUUUUUCUCUUUGCCUUUACCUCUGUAUUCCCUGAAGAGGGGCACGACAAUUGUGUUACGCAUAAACCUUCUCUGCCUUAAUUGCUGCACGUGCACCCGCUGCUGCUUGGUGCAGGAAGAGCUUUCUUCCCACUUCUGUUAACCCGUUUUGGCACUGUGCACAGUGGCAGGCCUGCAGCCCCCCUUCCAAGUAUCUGCACUUGGCCUCCUUUCUCAGCCAGCUGAUUAACUGAGAUUGCCUCCGCUGAUGCAGCUCAUGAACUUAUAUUCACAGGAAAGUCUGUUUACAAUUCUAAAAAGAUCAAAAAGAGAGAGAAAAAAAAACUUGCUCUUUUCUGGCCCCUACAUCACAAGAAAGGAUUUCCCUUGGUUUCUUUUUAUGCCCUUUUGAUGUACAUGAGACCUCCUUGGUCUUCACUAAUCUUUCAAUAUAAUUUGUUCCCAUCUUCCUUUUUAAAAAGGCAUAUACUAUAUUUUGAGUUGGUAAUUUUCAUUUCUUUAGAUAAUGCAUGUGCUUCUAGUUAAGAGUCCACUGCUUUCUGAAGCCAUUUGCUAAAUUACAAACAAUCCCUAUGACUGUUUGUUCUCAUUUCCCCAGGCCAAAAGCAUCCCCAAUUGUUAAAAAAAAAUAUAUAUAUACAACAUAAACAUGAGAAUCCUCGAGAUGAUCCUCAGAAAUGCGCAACUCUUGAUGGUGCUCUCUUGCCUUCUUUAUUAUAAUUUGCCUCCUCCUGCUUGGUUUGCGUAGCCACCUUCUGGUUGGGCUGCUCAAGAAAGCACUGUCCAGCAUUUUGUUACGUGGAUUUGGAAGGGUACAUGCAGAAGAAAGGUGUACUGCGUAUUGUUAAUUUUACUUAAAAACUCCUUUGCCUGAUGCACAAUUAGAUGUUUAAACAGAUGAUCCUCCCCAUGCAUGUAUGUAGUUAAAAAUGAAACGUCAGGUAGUCAUCGCUUCUUUUAACAAAGGCAGUUGGUAUGGUACAGCCUGAGGAUGCAAAGGUUUCUGCACCAAGGUCAUCCCAUUACAACGCUGGAAGAUGUCCUGAGUGCAAAAUGAAGGUAGAACUUAAAAUCAAUGGGCCUAUGAAAGAUUGCUCGCUGUCCUGAUGAAGUAUCUUGGGCUAAAUUGGAAACAGAAGGGCCUUGCAUUUCCAUAUUGGCUUUUAUCUGACAGAGGAUGCAGAAAAAGCUGUAAGCUCUGAGUAAUGUUACUUACGCAAAUUAAACAACCCUAAUGGAUAAAUGGGCACAGCAUUCUCGGGUUAUUUCCCUGCUGUAUUUAAAUUGCUGGGCGAUGUGAUGUGCAUCAAGAAAUUAAGCAAGAUGUGAAGGGCAAAAGACAGGCUGCAGUGCGAGGAGCUCUGCCAAGCUCCUUCCCACCCAAAAGGGAGGGAGGCCUCCCCUCCUUCCUUCACCCGUUUCUCACCUCAUGCUGACAUGGCUGCGUGUUGCAGAGAACCUUGUUUAACUUCUCAAUCAAUUGACCAUGUUCUGUCAGGACAGUGUGAGCUUUUAUGUUUUCCUACAACACAUUAAAUGUCAUUCUUAGUAUACUUACUGCACUUACUCAUCGUGAGCCUCUAAUACACUCCCACUCUACAAAAAAUUGCCAAGGUCUUUUCUGCCUGAUGCUGCCUGGUAGUCAAUUAUUUCACUUCCCUUUGAUGUCGUUCUCUAAAUGAAAAGUCCUUCAGUUAAUUUUUAAUACCUGUCCUUAUGGUUUAAUUUCAAAACACCUGUGUCUCUGCUUCAGGACAAUUGCACGCAGACCUGGUACCUGCAGCAUAUGAAGGAUCUUUAAAAGCUAGUGUUUUUCUUUGAACAAAACCACAAAUGUUUAUCUGGGGACUAGAAAUUGAAUAGGUGAAGCCAACUUGCUGUAGCAAAGAUACAAUGACUGGAAGUUGAAGCUGGGCAAAUCCAGUGUACAAAUCCAGUGUAAACACAGUUUAGUGAUCGUUAAGAGUUAUGAGCUAACUGUUAGCUACAGAAUAACAUAGACAAGGACUCAAAUAUUUUAAGCUAAAGUUGAAUGGUAUUGUUGAAGGAGGCUUAUGCUUGAUCCAAAAUCAACUACAUAAACAAAAGUAGUGCUUUCUGGAGUUAAAAUGGAUGAACAAGAAAUAAUCUGGGAAAACAAAACAAAACAGAAGCUCGGCGUUCAUUUAGUUGGUAUGGGAUUUUGGAAGCCAAGCCCAUUUCUCCUGUGAUACAGAUAUAUUAAUUCUGGAUUCAAUGGUGCAGCGGAAGGUAAACACAGAUUAAUGUAAUUAAACAUUUUAAUUUGGAUAACAGAAUUUAAUCACUUCUGAAAGUCCAGCUAGGAACUGCAAUCAGACAAGUUUACUCUCCUCUUUUUUAAUCAAGCAAAUAUCUGUCAAUCGUCUGGGUUUUUUUUGUAGGAUUUUUUUCUCCCAUUUACUGUCAUUCCAAAACUUGGCCUUUAGUUAAUUACACUGCUCCAUUUUAAAAAGCAAUAGAUGAUAAGAGCCUUGUUUUCAAAUAAAGUUUGAGUGUCCUCUGAUGCUGGAUAGAAUCCAGGAGAAAGAAUGAGACAAUUUCACAUUACAGCAAUGAAAGACUAGAAAAAUUCUAAUUUUAGUUAAUGGAAUUGCAUAUUAUUCCUGAAAAAAACAAACGGAGCUGAUGCUGUAUAUGAAGUCUUCAUGAGGACUGUCAAAUGAUCUUGUACAGCUGAUUUGCUGUAUGUUUAGCAUAGGAAUUUGCACUGUUGUUGGAAAGUUUUGCACAAAGCCACCUUUCCUUUCUUUUUUUCUUCCCCCCUCCCCCCAAGGGAAACUGGGCCUGUUAAUAUUAACCUGUACCAGAAAUUGUGUUUUAAUUGACUAGAGUUAAUUGUCUCAAUGUGCAAUCUGCAAUGUUUCUCAUAGCGUAUUCAUUUUGUGCACCGCUGUGGAAAGAUGCAACUAUAAAAAUGUAAUUUUUGUAUAUUUUGUUGUGUAGUCAUGACUGCCUCUAAGGUGCCAUUACCAUUUUUUUAAUAAAACAUAUUUACAUUUAUUUGA